CUGAUAUUCUAGGGUGUCACCUCAUAUGACAUUGAGAACAUUGAGAGAGCAGCUUGGAGAGUACCUAGGUGAAGAUGCAGUUGUGGAUAAAUAUAUCUUUCUAAAAUGUAUUGGAAAGAAACUUGCAGUGGUGAAAGCAAAGCAAGAGACAGAACUGAAGCUCAAAUCGUUUGCUCCACCAUAUGCAUUUCAUCCAGAACUGUAUUUGUUACCAGGAGUAGAAAGUAUUUAUUCAUCUUCAUCAUCAACUCCAGAGAGACACCUCAAUAAUGCAGAAUAUGUGUUGGCAUCUACAUCAUAUCAUAGAUCACAUAAUUUAGCUGCUCCAAAUGAUGGUCAAAUCUCAGCAGUUUUGGGGAGUUCCGUGAAAAAUCAGUUCAGACAAACUCAGGAAAAAGAUAAAUUUUCAGGAUGGAAUGAAGCUGAAAAGGAAAGUGUUCCAAUUCUGCAUAUAAAGCAGAGCUCUGAGCAAGAAAAGGAAAGGUUGCAAGAAAAAUAUAACUCACAAAGAAGGAAAGGAGAAAUCAGUUGCAACACAGACGAAAAGGAAUCCAUCAUAACUCCCCAUGUACUGUAUGAUUUAAUUCCCGCAAGACAGAACUCUGGGGAAAAAACUACACCAGUGAAAAUGUAUCAAAGAAAGCCACUCAGCCAAGCUCAAGAAAAGCCUAAUACUCCCAGAAAGGAAGAAACCUCUAUCAUGUUGCAUGCAAAUACAGAAAAUGGAGGCAAUCUACCAGGGGUUGAAAUGGGAAGACAUACCACAGGGGAUUCCGGAAUCCCGGAAUCUUUGGAAGACAGAGACAUGGAAUAUUUGCAUAAUAAGAGGAGCCAGAAGCAUCAUGGAAUUGCCAAGUCUGUUGCUGACACUGGUAGCAUGCAGGAUAAUCAGACUGACGAGAAUAACCUAAAUGGCUUUGCACAUCCAAACCAAUAUCUUUCCCCUCCUACUCCACCUAUUCUGGCAUUGUCUGUAAACAGAGCUCAGGUUCCCAACAGAGUAUUUCCAACAGAGGGAAAUGAGUUGAGUAUUCAGCUGCAACACAUCAAGGCAGAAAGAAAGCAUCUGGAAAAGACUAGAGAGGAACUGGUUAAAAAAGUGAAAGGCUUGCUUGAGCAGAACAAGCUCAGGAGAUAUCAUGCCCGAGAUUCCUGGAAAAAGAAAUAUUUUGAAACAAAGAAAGUCACAUUUUCCUUGGAGGAAAUUUUAAAUAAACUGCGAGAAGAUUUAGAGCUUCACUAUGAGAAAUUAUUGAUGCAACUACAAGCUAGGGAUGUCAGGAAAAAACGAAAUAAUUUGACACACUUUACCAAUUCAAGGAAUAAUACAAUUAUCCAGAUCACAACUCUGCAGCACGAAAUUGACCAGCUAAGAAGAAAAGUAGAUAAUGCAAAAAUGAAGCUUGUCAUAGAAAUCAAGAUGAGAAAACAGGCAACGUCUGAUUUAAGAACACUGAAAGCAGAACUGGCACACAAGAAGGUUCAGUCUUCUUUAAAACGCCAAUCUGAAAAACAAAUACAUUAGUUGGUUCCCAUUUUUGAGAUUCUUCACUGUAUAUUUGUAUAGCUGCUCACAGACCUUACAUUUUUGACUUGUAAUUUCUUUAAGUAUACCAGAGAUUUUGUAUGUAUUGAAAACAUGGCUGUUGAAAAACAUUAAUUCAUCAUUAAAUCAAUCUAUAAUUCUACUGUUAAUGAAACAUGGCAUUAUCACGCACACCAGCAAUAGCAAACGUCAGCUGAGAAGGGAAAAUCCUACUUGUGUGCACUGUAACACCAAUGUUUGGGAAGGAGAAGGACUCACUAUCAAAACUUUGAAGUGCUCAUUGCUCUUUUUUGGAAGGUGAAGAGACACCUGGAUUGACUCGUAGUCCCUCCCCACACCUUCAGGUUAUUAGCAAGCUAUCAGAAACUUCACUCU